AUGCUUCCACGCUGUGCGCUGUGGUCCGGCCAUGUGCUUGUGCUGGUGCUGUGUCUGUCUGCGGCUGAGGACUUCGACUGGACAGAGAACCACCGCCGCUCCUUCUAUUAUGGGACUUUUCCAGCUGGAUUUUCGUGGGGAGCAGGCAGUUCAGCCUAUCAGACGGAGGGAGCCUGGGACAAAGAUGGCAAAGGAAUGAGCAUCUGGGACGCGUUUUCCCAUAAGAAGGGAAAAAUAGCCCUCAACGACACCGGGGAUUUCUCCUGCGAGGGAUACUACAAAGUCAAGGAAGAUGUCUCCCUCAUGAAAGCGCUGAAGCUGAACCACUACGCCUUCUCCAUCUCCUGGCCAAGGAUCAUCCCCACUGGGAGGAAAUUGGACCACGUUAAUGAGAGAGGGAUUAAGUACUAUGAUGACCUUAUCGAUCUUCUUCUGGAGAAUAACAUCACCCCCAUCGUCACCUUGUAUCACUGGGACCUGCCGCAGUUCCUGCAGGAGAAGUAUGGUGGCUGGCAGAACCAAAGCAUGGUGAACUACUUUGACGACUUUGCCAACUUGUGCUUUGAGAGAUUCGGAAACCGAGUGAAGCACUGGGUCACCUUCAACAACCCAUGGUCUAUCGCGGUGGAGGGCUAUGAGACCGGGGAGCACGCUCCUGGCCUGCGGCUGAGAGGCACUGGAGCUUACAGAGCAGCCCACAACAUCCUGAAGGCUCAUGCAAAGGUCUGGCACACAUAUGAUGCUCAGUGGCGGAACAAGCAGAAAGGCAUGGUGGGAAUCUCUCUGUCAGGAGUCUGGGGGGAGCCAGUGGACUCCACUAACCCGAGGGACAUCGAGGCAGCGGAGAGAUUCUUUCAGUUCUUCAUGGGCUGGUUUGCCACGCCCCUCUUCCACGGAGACUACCCUCCAGCAAUGAAAGAAUACAUUGGCAAGAAGAGCGCCCUGCAGGGUCUCGGGAGCUCGCGGCUGCCAGCUUUCUCUCCCCAGGAGAAGAGCUACAUCAAGGGCACCUGCGACUUCCUGGGCGUCGGCCACUUCACCAGCCGCUAUAUCACACAGAAGAACUUCCCUCCCAUGCGUGGGGGCAGCUACUUCACCGACCGUGACCUGGCCGAGCUGGUGGACCCGCUGUGGCCCGACCCUGGAUCCGAAUGGCUGUACUCAGUGCCCUGGGGGUUCCGCCGCCUGCUCAACUUCAUCAGGACCCAGUAUGGAAACCCAAUGAUCUACGUGACGGAGAACGGGGUGUCGGAGAAGAUGCCGUGCACGCAGCUCUGUGAUGAGUGGAGAAUAGAGUACUUUAAGGAAUACAUAAACGAGCUGCUGAAAGCUGUUCACGAUGGUGUGAAUGUGAAGGGGUACACGGCCUGGUCUCUGCUCGACAAGUUCGAGUGGGACGAGGGCUACUCCGAGAGGUUCGGGCUGUACUACGUCGACUUCAAGAGCAGGAACAAGGCAAGGUACCCGAAGGCCUCCGUCCAGUUCUACAAACGCAUCAUCGCUGCCAACGGCUUCCCCAGCCAGAGAGAGGUGGACAGCUGGAAGAGGAAGGCAACGGAGACCUGCUCCGCCAGCAACCAGCGUCUGGCUGCAGCCAGAGGAAAAUCCUGGGAAAGUAAGGGACAUGCGGAAAUUCCUAAGGCUUGGCCGAAGCAUGACGAGGUUUAGAAUCUGGGCGAUUAAAUGACUGCCUGCUGUGUUUGUUUUGGCUUGGUGAGUUUCUUCUGCACGUAACAUAAGCUAAACAUUAACAAAGCUGUAAACAUGCUUGGGGCACACAGCUCACUGGUUACCGCGAUCUGUGCAGGUAUCAGCCUGAUAUGAAGAGAGACGUGGCAUUAAAAUGUGACUGUACCAAACCCUCAACUUCGCUGGCUCUGAUUAUUUAUUUAUGUAGAACACAGAGCAGCUACGUCCCCAAAUGGCGGCGUGGCAUUUAUAGCUGCAACCUUGUUUUGUUUUCCUUGGUGGCAGUGGGGUGGGAGGGGGGGUCAGAAUGCAUUUCAGGAAACCAUUCAAUGAAGUGGUGAAACUGAUCUCUGCUCAAAAUGAACACUGCACUCUUUGAGGAACUUCUAAAUCAAUCAUCUCUACUUAGGAGAAAAAAAAAAGGCAACAUGCUUAUUCCAUUCCCUGGCACGGCCUAUUACUGAAGUCUUUGCCAAAUCCCAUGUUG